CUUUAAAAUCCGAAAUGGAAGAGCAAAAGACAAAUAAAGUCAAGAAUAAAAUCCAGAUAGCUUCUGGAAGAUGGAGCUCCCAAGAACAUCAGCUAUUUAUUGAAUGCCUUCAGAAGUAUGGCAAAGACUGGUCAAGAUUAGAGAAAUGAGUUCCAACAAGAACAAAAAUUCAAAUCAGAAGCCAUGCUCAAAACUUUUUUGAAAAUAUUAAAAGAGAAUUUAAUAUUAGUAACCCGAUGAAUUUUAUCAUGAACCAGCCCCAAGAUAUAAGAUCCAAAAAUCAGAAUGAGCAUCGCCGUCUUGUUUCAAAUUCACAAAGGAUGCCAAAUAAUCAUUCUAAUAAUCCAUAUCCUGACAGAACCCAAGAGAGAUUAGAUAUAUCUGAAAGACACAAGAGAAAAUAGAAGAAGUGAAGAAUCAUACAAUAGGUCUUCUGAGCAGAGACUACAAUCUUCUAGUAAAUAUUUCAAAGACCAAAAAGGAGAGCAUAUUAAUGCAUCUACAGCUGUGAAUUCAGCUUAUGUGUGCCUCAACAGAGGCGAUGUAAUAAUCAAAGCGAAUGAAAUUGAGACUAUUAUUCCAUGUGAUAUAGAAAACAGCACUCUCCCAAGUGGCAAAUCGGUACCUCAUAUUUUCCCAAACCAACAAGUUAAUAUCACAAUUUUACCACUAUCCAAGAGUACAGUUCCAAUGGCAUACGAUGUGAAAUCCAAAGGGUUUACUUGUGCUAAUCAAACUCCCCAAGCCCCAAAGCCUGUUCCCAAUUUUGGCUCCCAUCUAACUCCAUUCCAACAAGGCCUAUUACAAACAUUCAACAAGCUAUUCUGCCUCAAAGAUUACAACAUCAAUUGUUCUGGUCCUCCAAACCACCCUUCCAGUCCCUCUAUAAACAUCUCUCCAGCUCAAAACUACGUUUUAAACAGUAUCUCCCAAUCAUUAUCGUCUGAUAGGAUCUCUGAAAGCUCAAACUCCAGCAACAAUUCCCAGAAUUCACAACCAAUAAAUCCUAACAAGACGAACCUAGACUACUUCAAAGUCAACAAGAUCUCCCAUAAGAACUCAAACUCAGAUGAGGUAUCCAAAAAGUUAUAACACCUAAAUUU